UCCACUUAGGUUCCACAUUACGAGUCUUCUAAAUUCUCGAAUACACAUGCGUUGCUAAGACUAAUAUCAGCAGUAUGCGCAAAACCAUCAUUCAGUGAACGUGUAUUCAAGAUUAUCAUAAUUGAGUAUUUGAAUAUUACCAACUAAAUAUGGGAUUCAAUGAAGUAUGGAGAGUCACUUUUAGUAUCAUCAAUGCGAUAUGUACGCCUGUGCUUAUUGUGGUAAUAUGCGGGAUGAAAAUACGACCUCAUCGGGAUUUUCCACCUUUGCUUUUACUCUGCUUAUUCGCACUAACGCUCAAUGUACAUCUAAAUAUGCUCAAUUUGGAACGCACAUUUAAGAGAAAUCGUAGAUUAUUUACAACAAUUUUGUCCUGCUCGAUCCUUAUCGUGUUUUUUUUAUUGCUCACUACGGAAUUUGAUCGAGUAAUUUUAUAUCCAAUAAUAAUAAACUUAUUUGACUUUAUUGUAAAAUGUUACGUAGUUAUUUCGUCUAUUAUAGUGCUUUUUAUAGACAACAAUUUUGAAAAGCAUCAAAACACGGCGAUUGGUACUGAAAUGAAUACGAUCGAGAGGUUACCAGAGUAAUGAUCUAAGACCUGAUGUCAAUACUAAAUGAGUACUUAUUGUACACUCAAUGCACAACUACCUCAAAAUUUAUCUAGUGAUAACUUAAUGACUGAGAAUUGGUUUAAAAAACUAUAAAUUGUUCCAUUUUUUAAUGAAAAUCAAGUA